UGCAAACCGGACAGACCUUAUCUUAUAUUGACACUCUUCCACAGUACUGGCGCCAGUGGUUAUAUUGGCGGAGAUAUUCUGUCGGUGUUGAUUGCAAAACACCCUGAACACAAGUACCGAUUACUAGUUCGAAAUGAACAAAGUCAAAAGCAAAUUUUGGCAGCUUAUCCGUCCGUUGUCAUUGUAUCUGGGGGCCUCGAUGAUAUCGAAGUUAUAACAGAGGAAUCUGCCAAUGCCGAUGUCAUAAUACAUAAUGCCGAUUCCGCAGAUCAUCUUGCUGCCGCACAAGCUAUUGCUCGAGGGGCGAUAGAAGGACAUUCGCCUGAUAGACCUGUUUAUUGGUUACAUACAAGUGGAGCGGGCGUCUUCUCGCAUUUUGACGAUGAGAACAACACUUACGGAGAAAGGAGCGAGGAGACUUACGACGAUAUGAGAGACAUCCAUGACAUUACUUCGCUUCCUGAUUAUGCAUUUCAUCGCACUGUUGAAAAAGCGGUCCUCGAUGCAGGUGCCCAGAAUCCCGACAUUCUGAAGGUUGCAAUCAUUUCUCCGACAACUGUCUAUGGGACAGGUAGGGGUCCUUGCUCCCGUCGCAGCAGACAAAUUUAUGUGAUGGCUGAAUAUAUACUCGGCCAGAACAGAAUUCCUGUGAUCGGUCGCGGCCAGGCCAUUGGUUCUCAUAUUCAUGUGGAAAGCCUGUCUGCCGUGUAUAUUCAAUUAUUUGAGCUGGCCCUACAAGGGCGACGCGAAGGUCUAUAUUGGGGUGCAGAGGCAUACUACCUGGCUGAACAAGGGGAGCAUUGCUGGGGUGAAGUGGCACAUUCCAUCGGACAGAUAGCUGUCGAGAAGGGCUUCUUGCCACCUGCCUCCAAAGAAAUUGUGCUCGAUAAAAAAUCUGCAUAUGAUCUAGCUGGGUUUGAGGCGACAAGCUGGGGACACAAUAUGCGUUGUCGAGCAACCAGAGCUCGGUCUAUCCUCGGUUGGCAACCUGCUGGGAUUUCUCUCAAUGCAGAACUACCUCAAAUUGUUGAAGAGGAGUAUCAAAGGCUAAAGGUUCGCUCUUUAUCUCAAUGA